AUUAUGUCUAUGAGUUUGUGAGUCCAACUAACUGCCAUUUGGCAUACUGUGCAGAUGCAAGCAACAUAAACACUACCUCUACUACUGUCAUGCCAGAGACAACCACAGCUGAAACUACAACCAUAGAAACUACAACCAUGAACAUUACAACUGACAAUGCCAUCAAUAUUACAGGGCCAUUUUAUCCAUUUGGAACUGGAGACACAGUGAAUGGACGCAUUGAUGAUGGGAGUUCAUCAGUUAUAUUCCUGCAGCAGCCGUUCAUAUUUUUUGGACAAACAUACAACCAAAUUUAUGUCAACAACAAUGGACACUUGACCUUUGAUGGGGCAUGGCACAGCUACUCUCCAUACCAGUUCCCAGCCUAUGGAGGGAAAGACCUCAUUGCUCCAUUCUGGACAGAUAUUGACAAUCGUUGGAAUGGUGUCAUCUCAUAUCAACAGUACACCUCUGGCAGUGUCCUUACACAGGCGACCCAAGACAUAAACCAAUACUUCCCUGACUUGAGUUUCUCCGCUUCAUGGGUUUUUGUUGCAACGUGGGAUAGAGUUGGAUAUUUCUACAAUUCAGGAAUUGAAACAUCUUUCCAAGUGGUUUUGAUUUCAAAUGGCCAUCUCUCAUUUGUUGUAAUAAACUAUGGUGCAAUUGCUCCAACACAACGAUAUGUACAGGCUGGUUAUGACACUAUCGACUCAAGUCACCAUUUCUCAAUUACUGGAUCACUCCAGAAUGACAUCACCAGCCUACCACACAGCAGUAAUGUCAAUGUGCCAGGCAGAUGGGCCUUCAGAACCGAUCAUGGAUCACGGGGCUGUCAAUUUAAUGGUUUGCCAGUGCAGCUAGGAGACUAUUUCUGGAGUGAUGCCGCCUGCCAGGAAAGAUGCACCUGUACCAGCAGAGGCCUCCAGUGCAGCUUUGAGCCCUGCACUUAUUCCCAAACUUGUCGUCCAGCUGCUUUCCAAUACUCUUGUCAGAACAUUCAGCGGCAAACAUGCACCAUCUCUGGUGAUCCUCACUACUACACCUUUGACAAUCAGAUUUUUCACUUUCAAGGAACCUGCACAUAUGUUCUGUCUGAGGCUUGUGGAAAUGGUUUGCCGUAC